AUGGAGAAGAUAGUGGUAGGUGGGAAAGAAGGGGGUGACAAACCAGAGACUGAGAGUGGUGGAGUUGUCGACAGCAGCGCAACCCCCGCUGGUGAAUUAGAGUUUUACUCGUAUGGAUUGGUUGGCAAGGUCGAUUAUGGACCUGGUUUUGUGUUUGCUAUAACUAAACGCGAGCAUGUGGCGACCGUUCAUGGCAGGGAUAUUUAUAGAAUCAAGAAAGUGGUUGCUAUCCCGUUAAGCUACCAUGAGGCUAAGAGAAAGAUAAUAGCCAGUAAACAGGCUGGAAAGAAGCCUGGAUACUGCCACGAAGUCGAAGGUGAUGGCAAAGGGCAGGGUGGAGAAGAUGGUCACGAGACCGAGGAGCAGGCUGAGACCGAAGAGGAAGAGGCUGAUCUGGAUGGAGGUGACCAGGUCGAUGAUAUGGACGAAAGCGAUCUGUUGAGUCUGGUUAAUGACGACCGUUCAGAUGAUCCAAGUCAGAAACUGACUCGAAGAGAGUCGAUAUCAGUUCUGGCUGAUGAUGUCGCUGGAGAAACUGAGGUUGUCAAGGUGACGGCUAAGAAAGGUAAAGGACCCAAGUGGAAACGGUGGUUUUCUAAAUCCAGUUCCCAGGAGAAUAAAGGCAGUGAAACGCCACAGAACGAUAAAUCAGAUUCUGAUAUUGCUCAAACUGGCAAGAAGGAUAAAGGAAGAAGGAAAUCAAGCCAUGGAAAGGCUGGAGAUGAUGCCGGAGAUAGUGAUAUACAGGUCAACCAGGCCAAAUCCGAGACAGAAGUGGGUAAAAAUGACAAGAUGGAUAGAUCAAGAAGAAGAUCUAGUCAUGGAAAGACUGGUGAAGUUAUUGAAGAUAAGAGCGAGGAGACUGCCAUGCAAACUAAACAGCCCAAAUCUGGCCUGAUGGGAAAGUUCGUGCGAUACGUUCGCAUGAGUCUGUCGUCGGGGUCGUUUUAUUUCUCGUACGACCUUGAUCUGACAUCUACACUUGGUGUUGAACCUGGCGAGUCGCCGUUCAAAAACAUUAGGGAUGUCUUUUUCUUUAACCGACAUGCUACCACCAUAUUCCAAGGCACCGACUUGCUACUGCCCGUAAUCCAGGGGUUUAUCGGACACUGUAGCAUCCCUCUUCAGCCAGUUUCAGAAGAUCAUAUUAAGGAGAACAUACAAAGCCAGAAAGAGGAUAAUACAGAAACUACGGCAGACGGAGAGACGUCUGGCUCUACGGGAGAUAUGUUCCUGAUCUCACGACGAAGUAAUAAACGAGCUGGUGUGCGGUUUCUUCGGCGGGGUAUUGAUGACGAUGCCAACUGUGCUAACUGGGUAGAAACAGAGCAACUGGUUCAAAUCCCGCAAGGAACACAGACAACUGUGUGUUCGUUUACACAAGUCAGAGGGUCAAUGCCUCUUUACUUCUCGCAGUCGCCGUAUAAAUUACAACCCAAACCAAAACUGCUUAAAAAGAAAGACGAGAUGAGACCGGUAUUCAUAAAGCACUUUGAGCGACUGCAACGACAUUACGGAGAAGUGGCUGGAAUCUCACUUGUAGAAAAGGCACCCAGCAGAGAAAGUGGUGUAGGCGAGCUAUACAAACAAUUAGCAGAUGAAACCGGCGUUUAUUUAGAAUGGUUUGAUUUUCACCGUGUUUGUAAAGGACUGAGAUUCGAUAAUGUGGAAACUCUGUUUGAUACUGAUAUUGGAACAAAGUUGAGCCAGUUUGGCUGGUCGGAUAGCAGUAACCACAAAACGCAAAAGGGAGUCUUCCGAGUUAACUGUAUCGAUUGUCUGGAUCGAACUAAUGUAGUUGAGACGUUUAUUGGUAAACGGGUUAUCAAGCAAAUUAUAGCCGAGCACGGGCUAGAAUUCGAAGAUUGGAAACGGUUCCAGAAGCAGUUCAAUAACGUAUGGGCAGAUAAUGGCGACGCCAUUUCACAACAGUACUCUAGUACCAAUGCUCUCAAGGGCGACUUUACACGAACGAGUAAACGUAACUACCGCGGGGUGCUGAACGACGCGUUCCUGACCAUGUCGCGAUACUUUUACGGCAUGGUGUCGGACUUUUUCAUGCAAGCUACCAUCGACUAUGUUCUAGGAAACGUUGACGAGCAAGUGUUUGACGAGUUUGAAGAAAACAUGGAGAGCAGGGACCUGUUAGUGAACUUGAACUCUGUACGAUCCAGCGCAAUCGAGGCCACAAUAUCGAUCGUAGUCGCGUCGGAGCUUGAAGUGUUAUAUGGCGGAUGGUGGUUAUUAACACCCCGUCAAGGAGACAUACGACGAGCCGAGUUGAAAGACACCGUUGUUCUUGUGACAGACUCGGCUGUAUACAUUUGCGACUUUGAUUUGAAAGCAGAGAAAGUCGUGGAUUACCACCGGAUCCCUGCCAAUUCAGUCGAGACGAUUCAAAAGGGAUCAUUCUACGGGGAAAUUCUAUCUCAAGCCUCAAAAAACCCCUCUCGAAACAGAGGAUUUCUAAUCAAGUACCGACUGGAUGGAGUCACAUCCGCAUCUGACGACAGUUCUAUCUCCGCAUCGACGCAAACUCCCACCACCAAACCCCCUUCUGACGGCACCCCUGCACCAACACCCACACAAUCGGUGGCAAUCAAGAUCCCGGCCACCCAACCCGACGACUUCAUCCACCUCCUCACCGCUCUCCAGCAGUGCUGUAAACACGCCCAACUAAUCGAUCAAGACAUCGUCAGCCUCAAAGAAGCCACCUCCAACACGGGCCUCUGGGACACCCUCGAGUACUACAUGAAACGGGCCGUCUGGGCCUAA